GUCUCAAUCCAAUCCAGCAUCUUCAUUGCGAUCGAUGGCGGCAGCGGCGGCGCCCCCGGCGACGGGGAGCAGCAGUAGUGUCGAGUUCAUCCGUGCGCGCAGCGAUGAGCGGGAGUACCGCCGCGUGGUGCUCGCCAACGCGCUCGAGGUCCUUGUCAUCAGCGACCCCGACACUGACAAGGCGGCGGCGUGCAUGGAGGUCGAGGUGGGCUCGUUCAGCGACCCGGAGGGACUCGAGGGCCUCGCGCACUUGCUUGGUGAGUUCACUGCUUCACUACUACUCUCCUUCGAUUUCUGCCAUUGGAGCUUCAAGCUUGGGAAGGAGGGGCUGUUGUGUUCGGCUGCAGUCGCUGGACACUAG